UGCGCGAAGUCAGAGUUGGCGGCGGACGGAGGGUUUGUUUUCGGCUCCGGAAUUGGUGAAAAUGAAGUGGCUUGCAGAGAGCAGGAGAUCUCAAAAUUUGAAGGGGACAGAAAGCUCCAACCAAACAUCACAUACAAAUCCGACAGAAUUAGUAGCUUCAUCAGCUACUGGAUAUGAUUGGUGUUUGAGUUUUCACAGGGUAUUGGAGGGGGAGGCUUUGCAGUUGGGAAAUUACAUCAAACAUCUCAUCAGGAUCUGAUGGUGUCACACAAUUUAUUCUAACUUGACUAUCAUCAAUUUUGAACAUGGAAGGUAAAAUCACCAAUUACUGUGGGGAGAAAACAUGCACAUGUUCUGCGUUUGGAGCAGGAUUCAGACAAUCAUCUGGAUUCUCAGAACAUAAAUGCAGUCACAUUGGAGAGAAACCAUGGAAAUGUGGAGACUGUGAGAAAAAUUUCAAAUCCCCCUCUGAUCUGGAAAGACAUCGGCGAAGUCACACCGGGGAGAGACCAUUCCCCUGUUCCAAAUGUGGAAAGGGAUUCAUUCAGUUAUCCCACCUUCUAAAACACCAGCAAAUUCAUACUGGGGAGAUGGCACUUGAAUGUCCAAACUGUGAGAAAUGCUUUACACGUUCCAAGGAACUAAUGUCUCAUCAACGUGUUCACACUGACCAGAGACCAUUCAAGUGCUCUCACUGUGGGACUGGGUUCAGAUACUCCUCUCGACUCAUUGUACACCAGAGAGUGCAUACUGGAGAGAGACCAUUCAUCUGCUCCGAGUGUGGGAAGGGGUUCACUCGAUCAUCCAGCUUACUUACACACAAGCGAGUUCACACUGUGGAUGUAUGUUUUAAAUGCCCAGACUGUCAGAAUUGCUUUGAAAGUUCCAGAGAGCUGAUGUCCCAUCAAUGUGUUCACACUGAGGAGAGACUGUUCAGAUGCUCUCAGUGUGGGAGCGGCUUCAGGCACUCAUCUCGACUAAUUGUACACCAGCAAAUUCACACUGGUGAGAGACCGUUCACCUGCUCUCAGUGUGGGAAGGGAUUCAGUCAGUCACGUUAUCUGUUGAGACACCAGCGAAUUCACACUGAGGAUAGACCAUUCUCCUGCUCUGAGUGUGAGAUGAGAUUCACUGAUUCAUCUGCUCUACUGAGACAUCAGCAAGUUCACACUGGGGAAAGACCAUUCACCUGCUCUGAGUGUGGGAAAGGAUUCAUUUUGUCAUCCCACCUGUUAAUACACCAGCGAGUUCACACUGGAGAGAGACCUUUCAAAUGCCCAGACUGUGGGAAGUGCUAUAAAACUUCCUGGGAACUGAUGACCCAUCAACGAAUUCACACUGGUGAGAGACCAUUCAGGUGCUCUCACUGUGGGACUGGGUUCAAGCGAUCAUCUCAACUCACUGUCCACCAGCGAGUUCAUACUGGGGAGAAGCCAUUCACCUGUUCUGAGUGUGGGAAAGGAUUUGCUCACUCAUCCAAUCUGAUGAGACACCAACGAGUUCACAAGUUAAUCGAAGACAAAAUGCUGUUGAUGUUGGAAAUAUGUGUUAAAGAGACGAAAUACUGGAGAAACUCAGCAGAAAGAGCAUGUUCACAGUGGAGAGAAACUGUACGCAUUCCAUGGGGAAAAAGCUCCAGCCAAUCAUCUGACCUCUCAGGCACUAAAAUGGAGAAGCCAUGGAAAUGUAAGGACUGUGAGAAGGGAUUCACUUCCCCAUCGAAGCUGGAAAUUCACCGGCGCAGUCACACUGGGGAGAGGCCAUUCACCUGCCCCAAGUGUGGGAAGGGGUUUACCCAGUUACCUCACCUACUGACACAUCAGCGAGUUCACACUGGGGAGAGACCUUUUAAAUGCUCCCAUUGUUGGAAAGGAUUCACUCAGUUAGGUCAUCUACUGACACACCAGCGAGUUCACACAGAUGAGAAACCGUUCAUCUGCAGUGAGUGUGGAAAGAAUUUCAGGCAUUCUGACAGCCUGAUUACACACCAGCGUGUUCACACUGGAGAGAGGCCAUUCUCUUGCUCUGACUGUGGAAAGGGAUUCAGUCAGUUAGGUACCUUGCUGACACACCAACGAGUCCACACUGGGGAGAGGCCAUUCAUCUGCUCCAGGUGUUGGAAGGGAUUCGCUACUUCAUCCCACCUGCGGAGACACCAGCGAGCUCACCAGUGACACUCAGCACUGGAUCCUGCUGUUGAUAGGAGGGUAAGAUACCACAUGGAAUUGCUCACCAUGAAGAUGAUAGUACUGUAUAUAAAAGAUGCAUAAAAUACUUACAAUUGUCAAAUCCUGCAAACAUGUCAAGACCUAUCAAGAAGUGUUUCUAUCAAUGAGAGCACUUUCCUCAACAGUGUGCCAUCUGCAAUGUUGAACCUUGAGUAAUUGAACUGAAUCUGUUUUCUGUUGUAUGCAUUAGGGUAUUUGUGAAUACUGGAUGAGCUGACAUGGUAGGUGAUGGGGAAAUGAUGCUAAAUGGAUGUAAGCAUUACAUUGGUGUAGCAGAUGAGGGUGAAUGUGGGUAGAGAGAGGGUUAAAAUCAACUAGGUAUUGCAUGAGAUGGAUAGAGUGCAGGCAAAAUGAUGGGGUGAGUGAUGGAGCAUGAUUUCUGUUUUAUUGCUUCAUUUAAUUUUUGGUCAUGGUGUUGGAAUGCAAGACAUGCUGUAUGCCCCAGGUCUCCUUGGGAGCUGGUGACCUCCUCCAUUGUUCCUGAGUCACUUUCCUAUUGAUCCUACUGUCUCCAGACUGACAAUGGACAGUGCGAUGGCCAGAAUUAACAGGCAGAUUCACAGUGCCAGGAAUUCUCCCCGUAUGCUAGGCAUGACAAUAUGAAUCCCGGCUGUGGGGGGUUACUUUCUACUGAUGCUAAUGAUUCCUAUCACUUUGCUGGAGUUUAAUCUCCUGGAUCUGUAGCAGUUUAAAAUCUCCUGUCAGAAAAUGCUGAUGAAAUUCCUUGUAAUUCCCCUUUCUGUCUGUUUGUAGGUACUGACUUUGUCAGGACUGCAAUGACACUUGUAAAGUUAACGUAGAAAUGUGGUUCAUGCAGCACACUCUUAGAUACUCAAGGAAUUGUUUAAGUUGAAGGUACACACAUAUAUGUGCCAGAAUAAAUACAAAUCUAAAGAAUGAAACCAUUAUUCAAUUUGCAAGACCAUUAGUUUCAAAACAUCUGUGCUUUUGAUGUAGUGUUCAAAAUUACAAAACUGGAGUUAGCAGUCCGGAAUUCCUUUGUAGGAGUCCCAUUAAAUUUCCCUCAAAUGACAUCUGAGAAAUAUGCAUUCAAUUUCACUGUUUCCAUGAAAGAAUGUUGAUUGCUUGUACAGAUUUCCUGCUUCUGUUUACAGGCAAGAAGCUUCAUGAUCAUUGCUUAGAGUUAGAGAUUAAGAUUUCAACUGCAGAUGUUGUUUGAAGUCUCACUGUCCACUUAACCACGAGCUAUUUCAAAAUUGUUGAAGGGAGUUGAGGUCAACACUAUUGGAGUUGUGAAAAAGUUUGCUUUUUGGUUGGUGUGGUGGAAGGAAUGGAGCCAUUAAAACUUGACCAUCUGUCUGUGGCAGCUUAUAACAAAUAAUUCAACAUUCCAGUCCCUUUGGCAGGUACAUGAGAUGUAGGUAUUCCAGUUAACUUUAACUUCAGAAAACAUUUCUGAAAAGUUGUCAUUAGGUCCAGUCCUAUAAUUAUAGAAGACGUGUAUGAUGAUAUAAUGUUCAACAAUCACUGAGUAUCUCUGUAUUAAUUUUUUUUA